GUAGUGUGAACAUAAAUUUCGUAAGUGUUGGUAUACCUGGUUUUAAAUUGACAAUAGCAGAAAAUUCAAGCAGAACCCCUGUACUCCGUAUUGACGUGUGUUUGAAUGCAGGUUUUUGAUACGGCGUACACCUCGAAUUCGCCUCUAAAAUUUGAUACAUCUUUAAGGCUUUUUGCUAACAGUACUGAAGGUGUAUCACGAAUUGCUUCGAGUAUCUGCCCCCUUGUACGAUGAAUGUAAAAAUUGCGUCGAUGCGGUGCAUUGAUUUUAAAUGUACGGGCAAUGGAACUUGAGCUAAGACCAACCGCGGAAUCGCUGUGAAAGUAUUUAUGCAAGUGAUCAAAGGAACCUUGAGUCGAUCAAAGUUCUGAUUCUGAGAGUACGGUAAAUAACGAUGGAUAUUGGAGAAGGGUAAAACGGAGCAUGCAUUUCUGGAUUAAUAAACCGGCGGGCAGGUACUACGGUUUUACUGGCCGCCGAUACCCCGCCACACCUCUGCCAAAGACUCACUUCAAUCAAUGCAGAUACAAUGCAGAUUUAAGACAAAUGGUGACUCCACUUCAUCGGUUCCAAAAUUUGAACGCUGCAGGAAAUGUGGCCGGUCCUAGCAAUGUAAAUAACUGCAGAGUGAUACAGACAAUGAUAAGACCUAAUAAUGAAAAUCAAAGUAGUAUCCCUGUCGGAUCCGCUCAACGUGCACAGCUGAACAACAUCUCCAAUAAUGUAACAACAGCUGGGAAUAAUCAGUUAAUAAUGUCGAAUGCUACUUCGAAUGGCACAAACAGGGGCCUCUUGGUUUUCUCAGAUGUUAACGAUGCAGAACUAGCGAGCGUCAGACUGAGAUGCGGCGUUUGGAUAACGUUCGUAAUCGCAACAGGCCUUGUCGCUGCCGCAAAAUUUUACUUUAGCGACAAAGGGCAAGGUAUAGAAAUAUUUGUAUUUUGGGGCUUGUUGACAUUAAUAUUGCUUGCGUGUUUGUAUUCUAUUCUGUGUCGCCGAAAUCCACGCAACAGCCAUCAGGAACAUCAUAUUCAGGAAGAACACAUUACGGAGGAGCACAUCGCUUCUGUAACCACUACAAGUACAAUGCCUAAUGAAACCAUUAGACCCAUUUCUGCAGUGAGGCAGAAUCCACCACCACCUUAUCAUAUUGCUAUUUUAAUUCCACCGCCUAAUUCGUCAGAGGAAGCUCCACCUCCAUCUUAUGAUAAAGUCAUGCGAUAAAUUAAUAUUACUAAGUCGAUACUAAGUCAUAAUAUAUAGGAAUAUUUUUUCAUGUAUUAAAUUUUUUAAAGAUGAAACGUUCGUACUAUAAACCAUUGGUGGUACAUUAUUGAACAUGAAUGUUCCACUAUCGAGCUUUUAAUUUACUUAAUUAAAGAGGAAGAAAUAAAAAUAGGUAAAAGCAUCAACAAAUUUCCUAGGAUAGGCAAACUUUACGUCUGUGAUACAAGUAGUGAUGUAACAUCGACAUCAUUCUUGAUAGUAUCUAUGACUCUUGCGAAGCAUAGAAGACAUUAUUAUGGGCAUUAUACAAUGUCUGAGCCAAAUUAUAAUUAGCCGAAGAACAUAUAUACUUUACUUUUUGUACGUUCGACGGUUUACUUGUAAUUUAUUUAAUUAAAAGGG